AUGGUGCUCGAAGUGCAACGAUAUAAACUGGAGUUCAAAUACGUCAAAGGACAGGCAAAUGUGGUAGCUGACGCGCUGAGCAGAGGCAUACGAGUGGAAGGGGAGACAGAACCUUUGCAGGUAUUUAAUGAGGCGGUCGUGAAUGUAUUAGUGGUAGGCAAAAAGACAAAAUGGUUGGAACAAUUGGAGAAAGACGAAGAUUUUUUGCUAGUACUGGAUGCGCUAAGGAAGGAUGGCUCGAAUAGGACGUUGAGAAUGCAUGGCACAAUAACUGGAUACGAGUCGCAGACUUUGUUAUGGAAAACGGAAAUCUUAAAAUGUAUACUGAAGAGGGCGUCUUAG